AUGUUGUUCGGCAUUUCGCAGAGAGGAAGCGGCGCACGGCGCAUCGCAGCGUGCUCUCCCCUGCUACACCGGACGAUCGCGCGCGCAUUCGCGUCCGCACCACCAGCAGAGGAAGAGCGUGUCCAGCUCACCUCGCCCGCGGCGUACGUCUCGACGUCGACCGACCCAUGGUUCAACCUCAGCUAUGAGGACUGGCUGCUGCGCAACACUCCAGUAUCCCAGCCCUUACUGUUCAUCUACCGCAACGCGCAGUGCGUCGUGAUCGGGCGUAACCAGAACCCGUGGAAGGAGACGACGCCGCGCCAGCUGCUCGCGGACGGGAUCCCGCUCGUGCGCCGCCGGUCGGGCGGCGGAACAGUGUACCAUGACAUGGGCAACACAAACUUCAGCAUCAUGCUCCCCCGCGUGACGUUCACGCGGUCCGGCGGCGCCAACCUCGUCGCCAAGGCGAUCCGCGAGCGGCUCGACGUUCCGAGCUGUACCGUCAACUCGCGGAACGACGUGAUCGUGCGGGAGGGGGGCAAGGACUUGAAGGUGGGUGCCGAAGUGACUGGAUCACCCACUCACGCGCAGGUGUCUGGCUCGGCGUACAAGAUCAUCCAGCACCGCGCGUACCACCACGGCACGAUGCUCAUCUCGUCGGACGUGAGCACGCUCGGGCGCGCGCUGCACUCCGACUCGCCGCACCUCGAGACGAAGGGCAUCGCAUCGUUCCGCUCGGCGGUGAGCACGCUCAACGCGCACCGCGCACGCUCGGCACCGAUCACCAACGACGACUUUGUCGAGGCCCUCAAGGAGGAGUUUGGCGCCACGUACCCCGGCCACAUGGAGGAGCAUGUCGUCAACGAGGGGCAGGUCGACCUGCCCAAGGUGUGGGACGGGGUCAAGGAUCUCGCGGUGGGUGUAAGCCGGAAGGGUGUAGCUGACGGCCAGAGCUGGGAGUGGCAGUAUGGCCAGACGCCAGAGUUUACGAACAAGAUUGAGGGCGAGCUGUCUUUCGGGCGUGUAACCGCCACCCUCGCCUCGCGGCACGCCCUCCUCACGCAGUUCUCGCUCGAGCUCGCCGCCGCAGACGAAGACACGCAGGACGCGCUCAACGCCAUCUCCACGGCGCUCGUGGGCAAGCGGUACGAGGCGCUGAGCGGCGCCGAGGCCGACCUGGCCCCGGACGUGCCAACACCCCUCGCGAACGAGGUCCUCGCGUGGCUCCGCACGUCCAUGUAACAUUCACAUUAUCAC